UAUGCAUGUCAUCCAUGCAUCCAAUUCAGGGGACAUAAAACAUUGCGAUGUGGUAAUUACGAGUUGCUUGUCAGCCUCUUCUUGAUUGCAGACACUACCAGUCGCUAUUUAUACAAAUGGAUGACGUCCCCGUUUCCUCACGCCAAUGUUUGCCUCUGUAGUAUGUCAUUGAUCGAAUCCAUGUUCCCAGAGGUCUUUGCGCCUUUGGUGUUGUUACUCAUGGUUUUAACUUUCUCGCCAUGGACAUAAACAGGAGAGCCAUGCCCGACAGCGAGCAGACCUUUGUUCCCGCGCCCGCCCAGGAACACCAUGCUUACCAUUCUGUCAAGGCAAAAUCACCAUUCCCGGUCUCCGUCUUGAGCUACCCACACCACGAGGUCCCGCCGCUUGCAUUGUUACCGGAACCUAGCCAGUAUACUCCGACGAUCGUCCAACGAUGGAUACAAGGGACCCACGGGAUACCCCAGGAUUAUGAAACCGUGCCUCCUAGAUAUCCAGGCAUGCCCGCGAUAUUUCCUCCUUCAGUAUCGACUCCUCCAAGGGAGGCCCCGUCCAGCUCGAAAGAAGCAGUCUGCGGUAUCCGGCGAAAGCUCUGUUUCCUGUCCCUUCUUACCUUCGGAGGUUUGGUUCUCUUAGCAAUCGCACUUGGUGUUGGACUUGGCGUGGGACUUGGAAGCCAGAAUCGUGCCUCUACGCUGUCUGCCGCUGAUGCUGCUGCGUCAUCCCCUAGUUCCGUUUCAACUGAAGAGACACGCACCGCCACUGUCUUCAACACAGGCACAGCAACUCGCGCCCCAUCCCAGACCUCGUCCGUGUCCACGUCCACGUCCCAGGUCACAUCCUCAAAGUUGACAUGCCCCGGCGCCCAGAACGCGCAGCUCCCUACGUCAAAUGGGAAACAGUUCAUUCACCUCUGUGGUAUUGAUUACGGCGGCGUGGAACAAGCCGUUGACAUCGGAAACGUGCGCACAAGCAGUUUCCAAGAUUGCAUAGAAAAGUGUUCGGUGUUCGUCGGGUGUAUGGGAGUGGGAUGGGGUAUACAAAACGGCGACGACCCCGACGAGCACACGUGUUGGAUGAAGGCCAACUUAACUACGUGGCACAAUGCUAUAACGACGUGGAAUUUUGGUGUGCUUUUGGCAGGCCCCGCGGAAUCAACGGCCAAAACGAAACAAGAGGCAUAGAUCUUCUUGUUUGGUUCUCGCCGUAAACAAUGCACAUCGGCCGAGAGACGGUUUACCACGGGGUAUUGGAUAUUUACACAUUAAUUAACAGAAAUAAUUUUAUUCAUUAUUAUAAGAAG